AUGUUUCGCGGCGGCGCCCCCAAUCCUUACGACGACAUCGUUGCUAAGACGACGGAUGAGAACCUCACGGGUGAGAACUGGGAGCUCAUCCUCAACUUGUGCGACAAGAUCCAAGAGGAGGGCGAGCAGGGUGCCCGUAAUGUGAUCGCAGCCGUGCUCAAGCGGUUAGCCCAUCGCAACCCCAACGUCCAGCUAUACACCCUCACCCUCACCGAGUCGCUUUCCAAGAACUGUGGCCUCGAAAUCAACCGAGAAAUCUCUUCUCGCGCAUUUACACAGGGCUUGGAGAAGCUCAUAACUGAUCGGACAACCCAUGACAAGGUGAAGAAACGCGCGCUGGGCUUGGUGGCCGUAUGGUCUGCAGAGUUUGAGAAGGACGCCUCCUUGGGAAUCAUGGAGGAGUGCUAUGAGAGCCUCAAAAGCAAAGGAUUCAAGUUUGAGACUCCGACCGAGCCUCCACCGCCGGACGUAGAUGAUGAAGUGCGCCGUCGCGAGGAAGAGGAGCUGCAGCGUGUUCUCGAACUUUCGAUGCACGACAAGGGCGGACGCUCUCAGUGGGAUUCAUUCACACUCGCCUCCUCGAGCGGUGCAGGUGGAUCCGGCGCAGGCACUUCCUCCGCUGCUCCCGGUUCGGCGCGUCCCUCACAAAGUUCUCAACCGCCAACCUAUGGCGGGUACGUCCCAUCAUCGGCACCCACUGCUGUUUCUAGCAUGUCUGCGCCAACUCCGGCAGAGCCGUCUCCGUCCACCGUGUCGAGCGCCACGGCAACAACUCCAUCCCCGGUUUCCACGCACUCCACGGAUAGCGGCAUUCCCAUUGUGACAAGAGUUCGCGCGCUUCAUACUUUCGAGCCGACAGAGGCUGGUGAGCUCGCAUUUGACAAAGGAGACGUCAUCAAGGUCGUAGACCGCAACUACAAGGAUUGGUGGCGGGGUCAACUGAAGGGCCGGACGGGUAUCUUCCCUGUGAACUAUGUUGAACCUUUGCCGGAGCCCACUGCUGCCGAGAUUGCCCGUGAGGCAGAGCAAGAGGCAUCAGUGUUCUCACAGGCGGCGAACGUGGACCGUCUGCUGAUGAUGCUACGCACCAUGGAUCCUGCCCAGGACAAUCUAGCGGACAACGAGGAGAUCCAGGAACUUUACCGUUCUUGUAUGACACUACGACCGAGGAUCGUCAAACUCAUUGACAAGUACAGCCAGAAGCGGGCCGAUCUUGUCUCUAUGAACGAGACGUUUGUCAAGGCCAGGACGAUUUUCGAUCGCAUGAUGGAAGAGAGCCUUGCUCGCCACACAGGAGGUACGCCUUACAACCAUCUUCUCGAUAGUCUCAAGGCUCAUUCAUGA